AUGAAGUACAUGGUUGCAGUUGAUGGGUCUAGCAGCGCGAUGCAUGCGUUCUGGUGGGUGCUGCAUCAUGCCACGCCUGAAGAUUACGUCUACCUCAUCCACAUCUACAAAGUCGAAGGUUGGAAUGGAGAAGCACUUCUCAAACGACUAUCACGCAAGCUCAAGAACAGAAAUAUUCCACGCACGAUGCUCUUAGGCGAAGGAGAAGCAAAGCAAAAGAUACCAAAGAAGGUGGAGAAGCUGGGAGUUGAUAUGAUUGUAAUGGGCCGACGUGGAAUGAACAAAGCAAAGAGGUUGUAUGUUGGUAGCGUCAGCCAGUAUGUGGUUGAGCACGCCCCAUGUGCCGUUUGUGUGGUGAAGGAGGAGGUCGCCAAGCCGAAGCGUACAGAGCAGGCAGGCUCGCGAAGGACUUUGAUGGAGACCCAAACUGAGCUGGGGAAGAACCAUUCAAACGAAGAGCCAACCCCGUGA